AUGUCGUCCAGUGACGAUGAACAGGAGUUGUACGGCCGCGAGAACUACAAGAGCCGUGCUCACAAGCUGGCCACCCUGUUCAUCAUGACUGCUGGUAGCGCCAACGCAAGACAGUUUCCCACGAUGUUCAUCGUCAACGGAGGAAUGCCGUUCCUGCUGGCGUAUCUAGCGUUCCUUGGCGUCGUGGCGUUCCCCAUUAUGCACCUGGAGAGCAACCUAGCCCAGUUCGCUGGAGAUGGGAACUUCGGAGUCUUCAGCACAGUUCCGCUCUUCAUUGGCGUGGGCUACACGAUGAGCCUGUACGCGAUCGUGCACAUUGUGGCGGACUCGGUGCCGGUGUCCGACCAGCUGCACUACCUGUUCGACUCGCUCCGGGAGGCUGGCGGCAACGAGUGUCGGAACGGAUUGCUCCUGGCGCCCAACCGAACCUGCUACGUGCCGAAGCACACGUUCGUGAGUCUCGUUGCUUGCGAGCACAGGCUCCUCCUCCGCGGUGGAACUUGA